AUGCACGAGGGCCCCGCACGGAGGACGGAGCAGCAAGUCCACACUAAUAGGGCGAGUGCAGUUAGUGCUUCGCGACCUCAGCGUGGGGCCCGUCGCCCGCAUUCCGCCCGCGCAGAGGGGCAAUUGCCGGAUCCUGCACGCAAGCGCCCAAUUGGCGCACGCGCUUUGCUGUCUCUGUGUUGCCGCUUAUUCUACGAUGUAGGAGCUCAUUUUACAGAGCAUAUCAGCAUGGUUCAGGCUCGCAGUUGCAUAUUCAGAUGGUCAACAAUUUGA